GAGCGAAGGCUGCUAGGCUCAGGCUGAGCGUCAGUGCUGUCCUGGUGAGGUGCAGAGAGGGCAGGAACUCUCCUAGUGCUCGCCGUUGAUACGUGCUAUGUCCAAUGGAAAGCAGCAGGCCUCUGACUCAGGGAAGCCAGCGUGUGUUCUAUGUGGCCGGGCAGAUGUUGACCCAGACAUCUGCGGGCGCACAUUUGCCAAGAGUGGGAUUCGUGUCCAUGAGUUCUGCUUGAUUUUUGCAACUGGCAUUUAUGAUGAAAGAACUCCAUGGGAGGGAAUUAGUCGGCUCCCUCUUCGUGCUAUCAAAUGCACAGCCAAGCAUGCAAAUCAGAAGCAAUGCUUUGUUUGUGGGGGAAGGGGGGCCACCAUCAGCUGUGCAGAGUUAGGCUGUGUGCGAAGCUUCCAUCUACCCUGCGCCAUGGAUGGGGAAUGCAUCACCCAGUUCUUUGGGCAGCACAGGUAAGGGCCAUCAGCAGCAGCCAAGCCAAGGAGGAAUGUGCAGCGACACCUCCCAGCGGGCUGCCAGAGCCAGAGCCAGGGCCUGUGGCUCCUUCCUGGUCUUCUGCCCUCCUUGCAGUACUUCCCACCCAAUCAUCUUCCCCCAGGUCCUUCUGCAGGGAGCACCGCCCUCGACAGGCAUCAGAGGGAGGUCCAGCACAGGGCAUCUACUGCAUCUUCUGCCUGGAGCCUGUGGGGGACAGCAUAUCCUACCAUACUAUGCUGUGCCCAGUGUGCAAACAGGCCCAUUUCCACCGUGGCUGCAUCCAGAGAUACGCCAUGAGUGCUGGCAUUAUGCACUUUCAGUGCCCCGUCUGUGCUGAAAAGUCACGAUUUCGUUUGGAAAUGAACACCAUGGGGCUCCAAAUCCCAGUCAGACCACCAUCAUGGGAAACCAACGCAUCUGCAUUGCUGCAAGAGAGGCACAGGCACUGUGAUGCCAGUGAGUGCUAUUACCCAGGAGGCAGGGAGCAGGCAGAAGAAGAGGGGCCCUGGAAGCUGCUGCUCUGCAGCUCCUGUGCUGCUCAAGGCACUCACCGGCACUGUUCCUUCUUGACCAGCAAUGUAGACAUCUGGGAGUGCGAGAGCUGUGGUGGUGUGGGCACCGCCUCCAGAGGUUCCCUGGAAGCUGCACGCAGACGGCAUCCCAGAUCAGGGGGAAGGGGCCAACCACAAAACCACUUCCCAAUCCAAGAGAGUGCCUCAGGUUCCCAGAGAAAGUCCCGAAGAUACCGUGACAGCAGCUCUACACCAGCCCCACAUGCUCAGGACAUCACCCGUGGCUCAGCCAGAGCAGCAACUUUGAGGACCUUGGGUGGUUCCCCACAUAGACGACAGUCCAGGCAGCAAGGGCGGGUCCAGACAAGAAGCCGCUCCCUAUUAAAAGGUCAGGCCUCAGAUUCCCGGCGCCGGUCAAGAAGACGUGGUGGUAGUGGCUGUACAUCAGCCCGAGGUGCUCAGAGCAGCACUCACCGCUCAGCCAGAUCAGUGACAUCAAGAUCAUCAAGAGGUUCCCCACUGCCUGAGUACAGGAGGCGGUCCAGGCAGCGAGGGCAGUCCCACACAAGAAGCCGUUCCCCAGUGGGAUGUCGGGCUUCCAGUUCCCAAAGCCAGUCCCAAAGAGGCCGUGGGAGCAGUUCCAGGCAGCAGGGACCAGCUGGGCCGCAAAGCCACUCCCGGCUCCAACAUCGGAGCCGACAUCCCCACAGCCAGUCCCGAAGACAGCAGCACAGGAGGAGUUGAGUGCAAGUCCCACGUGCUGGCUCUGGUCCCAAGCAUC